AUGGUUUCGGGAGGUGAAACUAACGCUAAAAAUGGCUUUGUUAUAAUUGUUUUAGGUCCAGAGAGUAUUUUGGGUAUGUCAAGUGCCGAAACUAAUUUAGUUGCGACUUAUUGGUGUGUCUGUGAUUGGGAGGAUCGAGAUCAGAUGUUUAUUGAAGUUGAGGGGAUCCUGAGAAGACAGAUUAAGAUGUCAGUUAUCCCGAGUGUGCAGCCUUUCCAUGCAAUUGCUUACCCUCUCGAUCCACUGCUAGCUCUAGAAAUCAGUUGCAAGUAUGCCCAGCACUGCUCUGUAAUUGCAGCUCGCUUCUCACUUCCUUCUUUCAGCCAUCCUCCUCCAUUGCCAAUAAAGGGUGGUGGCAGGAAUGGUCGGCUUAGGGUUGGAUAUGUGAGUAGUGAUUUUGGCAACCACCCACUAUCACAUCUGAUGGGUUCAGUGUUCGGCAUGCACGAUAUAGAGAAUGUUGAGGACUUCUAUUGCCUGGUGUUCUGCGAUGCUUUGAGUCCAAAUGAUGGCACUGGGUGGAGGCUCCGCAUUCUGUCUGAAGCAGAGCAUUUUGUUGAUGUAGCGUCCUUGACAUCUGAUGUUAUAGCUAGGAUGAUUAAUGAGGAUCAAAUACAGAUUCUGAUCAAUCUUAACGGUUAUACUAAGGGAGCCCGAAAUGAGAUCUUUGCAAUGCAGCCUGCUCCUAUCCAGGUUUCAUAUAUGGGGUUUCCUGGAACCACUGGAGCUAACUAUAUACAUUAUUUGGUUACGGAUGAGUUUGUGUCACCUAUGCGGUACUCACAUAUUUACUCAGAGAAGCUUGUCCAUCUCCCUCAUUGUUAUUUUGUCAAUGACUAUAAGCACAAAAACCGUGAUGCGUUAGAUCCAAGCUGCCAACCCAGGCGCUCGGAUUAUGGGCUGCCAGAGGACAAAUUCAUUUUUGCUUGUUCUAAUCAGCUCUACAAGAUGGAUCCUAAGAUAUUUAAGACAUGGUGCAAUAUUCUUAAGCGUGUACCAAACAGUGCUCUUUGGCUGCUCAGAUUUCCAGCUGCAGGGGAAAUGAGGGUUCGCGCACAUGCUGCUGCACAAGGUGUUCAGCCGGACCAAAUUAUUUUCAUAGAUGUUGCGAUGAAACAAGAGCACAUCAGACGCAGCUCCUUGGCAGAUCUUUGCUUCGACACGUUAGAAUAUUACAACCUUUCUUGCAUCUUGCUUUUGCAAUAUCCUGUGUUGAUUCAAUUCAUGCUGAUGAAUUUGGUUUCUUUUUCUCACAGACCACUGUGCAAUGCACAUACUACUGGAACAGAUGUACUUGCAAAUCUUGAAGAACAUGUUGUCAAUGAACCAUACACAAUUGCGAAGGGAAGGGACAAAAGGCAUAAACGGAAAUCGAAAUAUCUUAUAGAGCAAGCAAAUCUGAUUGCAUACGCGUUCGUAGCUGCAGAAGAAAAGAUUAAAGACCUCGAGCCCUCUUCGUAUGUUGAAGCAACAUCUUCCAAGGAUGCUGCACAAUGGCGGUUAGCCAUGAUAGAAUAG